ACAGACCACACAAGUCAGCCGCACAGUAGGGUUCAUCUUCCUCACCUGCAGCCUCGCACUCCAUCACCAAGUCUUGCUGAACGGAAUACGGCUUUUUCAAACAAGGGUAACUCACUUUUGGUGAAACACGUUUGACUGGGAGGACUCGCUGACAUUUUUUGAGAGGAGGAAAAUUAGGAGACCAUGAAAAAGUUGCAUCGCGUGCAUCUGAACCACUGGAUCCUGCUGUUGGCGGUUGCCAUGGCGACGGCCCUGGACUCCACGCACACCCUGGCCAGUGAGAGGAGCUCGAUCGAGAGCACGUACGAACUGACCAAGUACCUGGAGUACCAGCUGAAGGAAAUCAAAGAUGUUUAUCUCAGCUACUUAGGACCUCCAUUCAACGAUAAGGACUUUUCUCCGCCUCGGCCCAACAGCACCGCUCUGUCCCUGCCCAGUGCUGCCACGCGCCUGGAGCUGUGGCAUGGACUAGAAAACCAAGCCCGGCUGGCUCAGAACCAGAAGGCUUACUCGGUCCUGCUGGCAGCUGUCAGGGAUCUGGCUCGGUCCACUCUCUGCCCGUCCCUGAAGACGUCACUGCUGCACUUCUGCACGGGCCUGGACGGGCUGCUGGGUUCCAUAUCGGCGCUGAUGACCACGCUGGGCUACACUCUUCCUCCUUCAUCUGCUCUGGGAGGCGAGGGGAAAUCCGGUGAGCUCCAGGUCGGUGACAGGCCGGCGCCGAUAAUGAGCCAGAGCCUGUACAGAUCCAGAACCAAGGCGGAGCGUAACAACCAAAGACGAGGAGGCACAAGGGCGGCCAGCGGGGAGACGGAUCGCGACCUGGCGGAGAGAAGAAGAGGGAAAUCAGGGAGACGCGCAGAGGCCGUCACAGCUGUCGGAAGGAGUGGAGGAUCGAGGGAGAAAGGGCGAGGGGGCAGAGGGAGAAGAGCCGUGCCGGAAGUUAGGAAAUGGGCCUCCAGUGAAGAAGAGCAAGUUGAGCUGGGAGAAACAGAGCUAUGGGGGAGUAGAAGGAGGUUGCUGAGUAUCAAACAAUCCGACGAUGGGGACAGAAAAUCAGGGGUUUCUCAACCCAGCAGUUUGGACACGCCCCAGUUCAGCUACAACCUUCACCACCUUCACCCCGACACGCUGAGAAAGGAGGACGGCUUCGUCCUCCAGGGAGGCUUUUUAGUCGGAGAAACUCAAGGAGACUUUAAAAGCACCUCCUCAUUUGUUCAUCGGCGACCUCCCCGCUCCCUCCUCGCACCCACACUCCCCCCUCCUCUCUCCACUCUCUCCCUCCUCUACCAGUUUGGAGCAGGUGAAGAUCAUGACCUCUUUCCGAAGCCUUUGUCCUUACAGAGAAGCCCACCCAUCCUCACCCCUCCACUCCUCACCUCCACCUCCUCCACUUUGCUACUAUCCGUGCGCCCGUCCAUGAAUGACUUCGCCAGGAAGGUGGAGGGCUUUUGGAUAUUGCGGGAACUUCAGAGCUGGCUGUGGAGGUCAGCGAAAGACUUUAACCGACUCAAGAAGAGACUGAGGGGUUGAGAUCCUUGAGAGCAAAGAUAUACUGUUUCUUUUUGCACAGACACUUAGAGGAAAGCACACAAAAUGUUCAUUCGGAUCCCCCUGCAACAAGUGCAUGAAUGAUUAUUUGGCAGGUCAACGCAAACACACACUAAGUCAACAAGUUUCCAGAGCUGUCACUCCACUAAUGCACAUAGCAGCUCAUUGAGGGAGGCUCAGUGAGACUGGGCUGAAUUACUGGACUUCACGGCUCAUAGAUCAACAGAAAUACCACUGUAGGUGGUGGGACACACACAAACGCAGACAUGCACACACAACACACAACCAAGUGACAGGAUGAGCAGCAGCUGAGACAGAACUUCCAUUCAGUAAAAACUGAAUCAGCGGCCCAAAAUGUGUGAUUCAGCAAAUAUUCACUUUCUGGACGAGAGAGAAGCAAGCUGGAUGAGACGGGGACAAAAGGAGUCAGAGCAUGAGGAGAUGGCUCAGACGGGGAGACAAGGGAGGAUGAAUGACUCAGUGGAUGUGACCUGGUAAAAACGGUCAGCGGCGUAAAUGCUGAGUAAUGCUGAGUCUGCCAGUCAGUUACUGUAAAUCUACAACAGGACUUUGUCUGCAAGGAAGGACACACUGGUCCUUUGUGAGGUUGUGUCAUUACAGUACGUUCACCUUCUCACCCAACUGGACCAGAGUGAAGUGCUUUGAUGGUUAAAAGUUGCCAACAAAAUUGUUUCUUUAUAGUUCUCUGAAAAGGUGAAUGGAUUUUGUGUCCUGGUUUAGCAACGAAAUAUGUUUCUUCCCAAAGGUGAGUGUUCUAGCAUUACAGCUCCAAAAUCAAUUUGUUUUUCCACUGAACAAUCUAGUUUUUGUUGUCCACUUUUUUCCUGGCAAUUUCGUUUGUCACAGUUUGAGGAUUUACAUUAAACAGUUGCAGAGUUCAUAGCUAACAACAUUAGGCAGGUACAUGUAACAAGCUGCUAUCUCAAGUUGCAAAAACCAAAAUUAUGUUGGAUACAAGGCCUAUGUUGAACUUUUAAGAUCUACCAUCACCUACCUUUGGUGUUCGACUCACAGACUGUCAUCUUACCAAUUGGGCACCGCUGGAUUAGACUAAAUACUUAAUCUGAUUUAUCUGUGGAAUUCAGAAUAUCUCUUUGAGGAUGAAAAGUUUGGAAAUACGUUGACAUUAAUUAUCAAACUAGCAAUAAUUAAGCACUGUUCUCAUGCUGAAAUAAAAGAGAAUCUUCAAAUGUAUGACUAUGAAUUACUCCAAAAACUGACUUUUGAAUGUUGAAUCUGACUUUCAUUUAGUUUUAAAUUAUAACUAUUCUGUAGCAACUAACAAAGGAUGCAGACGAAUAUAUACAUUUAUUUCAACUUAAUGUGAUAAUUCAAUGUAUUUUGCUGUUAAAAUAUAGCAGACAUAUACAUUCACUGUCCUCUGCUUGAUACCUUAAACAGGGUUGUGGGUGGUUCAGCCCAUCCCAACAUGUAGGCGUGAGCAGAACAGGUUGCCAGUUCAUUGCUGAACACAUUCACACAUGAACACAGUCACACCCACUUACAACUUCGACACCUCAACUAGCAUCUGUGUUUUCAGCUGUAGUGUCUUCAAGCACAGCAAGAUCUUGUAAACCCCACACCGAACGUUUACCCUAAAACCCAGAGUUACCUCGACCCAACAUGACGCCAACCUAAAUAACUCCAAAUCACACUGAACAAACAGAUAGAACACUUAGUUGCUGAGGUGAUUUAUGCUUUGGUACGUCUCACUCUCUACUUUAAACAAUAAUCUCUGCACUGUAAUGCAGAGUUCCUCGAGUGAUUCGAUGAGCACAUGAUAAUUAGUCUUUCUAGGCAGCCGCACAAGCGCCCGGCAGCAUACGCCAUUACAGAUGUCAUUAAAACGUGAUCCAGCCUGAUCAUGUCUAAUAGCCACCAUCUCAUCUUGGCCUGAGGAAGCAGACGCCCAAUCAUAAAUCAAAGUCUGUUGCCAAGUCUAUAUUUAAAACGAAGCCUGUGAAUCCCUGCGAUAGCUUGGAUCGAUCGAGACACUCCACAUUUGGUCCAUAACCCGCAACACUCAUUGAUCUCAACUCCAGACUCAUUGGAGAAUGUGCCUUUGAUGAUGCGUCCAUUGCUUAUGAGACACAUGACUGUUAUAUUUAUUUAAAAAAAAAAAGAUUAUUUAUUUUUCUCCU